GCUACAACACACUCUUCUCUCUCACAUCAUUCAUAAUCUCAUAUUCCCCAAUCUGAAUAAUAUUUCAUUUUCUCAAAUCUUGAAAACUUUCUAAAACGAUCGAUGGAGCUUAUUCCUGAUCUUCCCGAAACCGUAGCCCGCGAGUGUCUCCUACGCAGCUCCUACCACCAGUUCCCUCUUAUGGCUUCCGUUUGCAAACUCUGGCAGCGAGAAAUCAGCCUCCCUGAUUUUUUCCGACACCGUAAAGCUUCAGGACAUAGUCAAGAGCUUCUUGUCCUGUCUCAAGCUCAAGUCGACGACCCGGUUAACAAACUCGGUUCGGGUAAAACCAUCCCCACGCCCGUGUACCGGAUUUCGGUUCUUGAACUUGGGUCCGGUCUUAGGAGCGAGCUGCCUCCGGUUCCAGGCCAAUCCAACGGGUUGCCUCUGUUCUGUAGACUAGCCUCCGUCGGGUCGGAUCUUGUUGUGUUGGGCGGGCUUGACCCGGUUACGUGGAGGACCUCUGACUCGGUCUUCGUUUUCAGCUUCUUGACGUCCACGUGGCGCGUCGGGAAGAGCAUACCAGGUGGACCUCGUUCAUUCUUCGCCUGCGCUUCGGAUUCUGUACGGAACGUCUUCGUGGCGGGUGGACACGACGAAGACAAGAACGCGAUGAUGUCAGCUCUAGUGUACGACGUGGCUGAAGAUAAAUGGGCCUUUUUACCGGAUAUGGGCCGGGAGAGAGACGAAUGCACGGCUGUUUUCCACGCUGGCAAAUUCCACGUCAUCGGUGGUUACGCCACGGAGGAGCAAGGGCAGUUUAGUAAAACAGCUGAAUCGUUCGACGUCAGCACGUGGCGGUGGGGCUCGCAGGCGGACGAGUUCCUCUCUUCGGGGAUGACUACGUGGCCUCCGGUUUGUGCUGCCGGUGAAUACGGAGAUUUGUACGCUUGUUGUCGCCGUGACCUGAUGGUGAUGAGAGGCGAUACGUGGCAUAAAGUUGGGGAGAUACCUGCUGACGUGUGCAAUGUGUCUUAUGUGGCGGUAAGGAGGUCCGGGAAGCUGGUCGUGAUCGGUUCGGCUCGGUACGGAGAACCAAGUGUAGGGUAUAGUUGGGAUAUGAGCAAUUCUCGAUGGGUAAAACUGGAAAGACAUGAAAAAUAUGAAGGUCACGUUCAAGCUGGUUGCUUCUUGGAGAUGUAAAAAUAACUUGAAUAAGGUUCAUAUGUCGUUCAUGCGUAAUAACGUUAAAGUGGUCGGUUGGUUUUUCCAUGCGUGACUGUAUCAAAUAUUCUAAAGUGCUAUAGAUAUAUUAAUUUGUAAGCAUGAUUUAUAGUCGACUGAUUGUAUAAAAUUGUCAUAUGUGUGAUGUUAAUAAUUCAAUGUAGACAUAAUAAGCUUACGAGGACAAGAGUGUCGAUGCGUUAUGUACUUA